AUGGCCGCAGAUGAACGGACGCCUCUCCUCAAGUCCGGCGCCGGGGCCGUGAAGCGGGUCGGCCGCGGCCUGUGGUCUCCCGCGAACCGCAUCCUCUUCGCCGGGUUCCUGGUCUCGCUCACUCUCGGCAUCACCCAAGUCCCCAUCAUCUACGUCUUCCGCGUGAUGGCCUGCGAGCAGUUCUACAACACGCACCCGCCCUUUGACGGCCCCGCUUCGGAGCAGUGCAUGCGCCGCGAGAUCGACGCCAACACGGCGCGCCAGGUCUCCAUCCUCGGUAUGACGACCUCCAUCUGCGGCAUUCUCAACCUCUUCAUCUGCGGCGACCUCAUCAAGCGCUGGGGCACCCGCUGGGCCCUCGUCAGCCAGACCGGCUUGCUCGGCAUCCGCGUCGCGUGCCAGAUCGUCGCCGUCUCGACCGGUGGGCAGCGCGGCAUUGAUUUGAUGCAGUACACCCAGCUGAUCGGCAUCCUCGGCGGGCCGCGGGGAUACAUGCUUGUGCUGAACACCGCUGUUGCGGAAGUGGUUGAGAGAAGAAAGCAUACAGGCGUCUUUGGCAGGUUGCAGGGUGCGGUCAUGAUUGGCACAGCCAUUGGCUACUUGCUGGGAGGAGUCAUUGGGGAUGUAUUUGGCAUCGUGAGCCCGUUCGUGUCUGCAGUUGGCUGCUUUGCAGUUGCAACAACAUACGGCGGCAUCUUCUGGCCUUCACCGCCCGAUAACGACGAUGAGGCAAAUGGAAAGACGACCUCGGGCGCAUCCGGCUUCUUGGCCCCGAUCAAAGUCCUCAUGCCGCAGAAGUACCGCCUCGAGAACGGCAAGAUCAUCAGGAACUACGGCCUGGUCUUCCUCGCCCUGGGUAUCUUCUUUGGCGUGUUCGCAACGGGCUACGCUCCCAUCUUGAUCCAGAUGUACGCAACCUCCCGCUUCAACUUUGGCACCACGGAGAACGGCAUCCUCAUGUCCGGCAACGCGUGGAUCCGCGGCGUCUUCCUAAUGUUCAUCUUCCCCGAAAUCAUCGACGGAGGAAGGAGAUGGUUCGCCAAGUCCACCCACGCGGGAGCUCUCCAAAAGACCCUUACUGAAGAGGAGCGGAACUUGAUCCCCACCCACCCCGAAGACAUGGACCCGGCGCCCGGGCUGAUGAAUGCCUCGGAGCCGACGAAAGCGCCCCCGGAAGAAGAGGAUGAAGACAGCACAUUCGAUCUAUUCUUCCUCCGGUGGUCUCUGGUCGUCGAUGGCAUCGUGACGUCCCUCGCGGCAUGGGCAACUGAGGGAUGGCACGUGUAUCUUGCCGCGUUCCUGCUGCCGUUCGCCUCCGGGUCCGCCCCGGCCGCCAAGGGUGUCAUCACCGAGAUGUGCCCGCCCCACCAGCGUCAGGACGCACUGAGCGCAGUCACUCUCGUAGAGAGUGCAGCUACCUUGACGACGCAGGGUUUGUUCGGUCUCAUCUUUGCGUCUUUAGCGGCCAUUGGCAAGCCUAACUUGACGUUCUUUUGCAAUGCGGCCCUCGCCGUUGUCGCCGUCGGUGUCUUACUCCUGGCGCAUUACCCACCACCCAAUAGCGUUAGAGUUGACGAGGAGACUGAAGAUAGUAGUCCACAGGAGUAA